UCGUUUACCUUUCAUAACCUGAUCAAUUCAAAUUUUAAUUUUGAUUUUUUAUUUCAAUAUUAAUCAAAGAGUAACAACAAGUCGUUACUCUUUGGUUUAUCAAUCAAGCACCCUUUCUUUUUGUCAUAUCCUUCUUAUUCAUCUCAUUUUCAUCAAGAUCCAUGCGAAAUUUUGUAUUAUGAAAUUUUUUGUCCAUAGUCUCACAAAAUGUGCACCAAGAAUCGGAUACUUAGCAGAAUUAAACGGAAAACCAAAUGUGAGUGUACAAACCCCACUGGUUAUGCUACAUACCCAAGGAGGACAAGUACCCCACAUAACUCACGAAGUCCUUAAAUUGGUCAACAGUAAUCCACACAUCUUACAGAUUCCUUUGGUUAGUGUUUAUAACUUCAAAGAAGCGAUGGAGUAUUUUGAUGGAGCUAUAAACGAUUUCAUAGGAAGUGCAGAAAGUAUUUGUUGUCUAACUCUGCAAGAUCCCAGCAAUCUCACGCAACAAGGACAUAAUGCUAAAGGAAAAAUGCCAAUUUGGACUAAAAAUGGAAAAGUCUAUUAUGAUAGUAAAACCUAUAUGGAUACUGUCAUGUCUUUUAUGCCGGAUAUGUAUCAUUUGUUAUCGGAUGGAGAUACAAAUCAAAGCAGCCCGCAUAAGCGUUUAAGUAAAGCAGUUGAUAAUACAAUUUUAUUUCAUAAAGAAUGUUUAGAAAUACAUAGAAAUUGUGAAAAACUGAAGGAUUCACUUAUUAUUGCACCUAUUGCUGGAGGAUAUAGUAUUCCACAUAGAAAGAAAUGCUUGGAUAGUAUGUUGAAUGAUGAUAUUGAAGUUGGAGGAUAUUUGAUUGAUGGUUUACAUAACAAUGGUCCAGAAGUGGAGUUUUUGUCUUUCACAGAUGUUCAGCCUAUUGUAGAGUUCUCAAUUAAUAACUUACCUUGCCAAAAAUUACGAGCUGUUCAAGGCUGCUGGAAUCCAGUUGUUGUAAUAAAAUUAGUGAAACUAGGUGUGGACAUAUUCGAUACUUCAUACUGUAGAAUGUUGACAGAGAGAUCAGCUGCAAUGACAUUUCCAAUAGAGAGUUCUGAAGAAAGUCCAUCUUAUGAGAUAAAUCUUCGCCAAUUGAGGUAUAUAGAUGACUUUCAACCAAUUUUGCAAGGAUGCCAGUGCCUAGCUUGUUUGAAAUAUUCUCGAGGGUAUAUCCAUCAUCUGCUAUCUGUACAAGAAUUACUAGGACCUGUUUUGAUUAUGAUACACAAUAUGCACCAUUAUCUCAGAUUUUUUGAGAAAAUAAGAGAAUGUAUUCGUGAAGGAAGCUUAGAUCAAUUGGAAUUAGGUAUAGAGACCCAUUUCAGAAGAUAUCAACAAGAGAUAUUACUGCCUCAGAAGGAACCUGUAGUGAGUGAUUCAUUAUUUUGAAGUUCAACAUGCAUCUUGGACUGUGUGUUAAAUAUGAUAUUCUGAGACUUUUGUACUUAUUUUCUGAAAUUAGAUUUUUAAUCAAAA